AUGCUAAUACUAAAUAAGACAGCAAGACAUUUUUUUAAACCAUCAAAAAGGAAAGUUUAUGAAUUAUUAAGAAGUUUUAAUUUUCAUCCUGGACCACAAUUUCUUCAUAAACUAGUCCUGGGAAUUGAAACCAGUUGUGAUGAUACAGCAGCUGCUGUGGUAGAUGACACUGGAAAUGUGUUGGGAGAAGCAAUACAUUCCCAAACUGAAGUUCACUUAAAAACAGGUGGGAUUAUUCCUCCUGUAGCUCAACAGCUUCACAGAGAAAAUAUUCAACGCAUAGUGCAAGAAGCUCUUUCUGCCAGUAGAAUCUCUCCAAGUGAACUCUCAGCAAUUGCAACAACCAUAAAACCAGGUCUCGCUUUGAGCCUGGGCGUAGGCUUAUCAUUUAGCUUGCAGCUGGUAAGCCAGUUAAAAAAACCAUUCAUUCCCAUUCAUCACAUGGAGGCCCAUGCACUUACUAUUAGGUUAACCAAUAAAGUAGAAUUUCCUUUUUUAGUUCUUUUGAUUUCUGGAGGUCAUUGUCUUUUGGCAUUAGUUCAAGGAGUUUCAGAUUUCCUGCUUCUUGGAAAGUCUCUGGACAUAGCACCAGGUGACAUGCUUGACAAGGUGGCAAGAAGACUUUCUCUAGUAAAACAUCCAGAUUGCUCCUCCAUGAGUGGUGGGAAAGCUAUAGAGCACUUGGCCAAACAAGGAAACAGACUCCAUUUUGAUAUCACAGCGCCCAUGCAACGUACUAAAAAUUGUAAUUUUUCUUUUUCUGGACUUCAGCAUAAUGUUAAUAAAAUAAUAACACAAAAGGAAAAAGAAGAAGGAAUUGAGAAGGGACAGAUACUGUCUUCUGCUGCAGACAUCGCUGCUGCAGUACAGCACACGACAGCGUGCCACAUUGCAAAAAGAACACAUCGUGCUAUCCUUUUUUGCAAGCAGAGACACUUGUUACCUGAAAAUAAUGCAGCCCUGGUUGUAUCUGGUGGUGUUGCAAGUAACUUAUAUAUCAGAAAAGCUCUGGAAAUUGUAACAGACGCAACACAGUGCACUCUGUUGUGUCCUCCUCCCAGACUGUGCACUGAUAAUGGCAUUAUGAUUGCAUGGAAUGGUAUUGAAAGAUUACGUGCUGGCUUGGGCAUUUUACAUGACGUAGAAGGCAUCCGCUAUGAACCAAAAUGCCCUCUUGGAGUAGAUAUAUCAGAAGAAGUUGGAGAAGCUGCUAUAAAAGUACCACGAUUAAAAAUGAAGAUUUGAAUUUUGCUUUUCAGAAACAUCCAUAAAGGUUCCCACAGGCCUGUGAAAACGUCAGCAUACCAUUACUGGGUACAGUCUGUUGUUUAGAAAGCAGUGAAGAAAUGAAGAAAAAGUGGGACUGACUUUAUUCAUUUGUUUAAAUAACUCUUACAUCAAAGAAGCUAUAGAAAAACAGGAUAUCCUCUCCAUGAUAUUCAGAAAUAUGAAGGUACUACAAAAGGUUCAUGGAAAAAUGGAAUUAGAAGAUAGUUUUUUUUUUUUUUUUGGCGCAACUUAUCCUUUAAUUCCAUAGUCCAAGAACUUUUUUAAUUACCUUUGUAUAGCCUCCACUCAUACUCCUCCCUAGCUUCCCUCAGGUUCUCUGAAUAAAUAAAAUUGUUUCCUGCCUUUUA